AUGCAAUCAAGUACAGCUUCAGCUAUUGAACCAAGUACAGUUGUUACAGUUGAGCCCAUAAACAUUUACACCACAGAAUCAAAUACGUCUGCAACUGCUGAAUCAAGUACAUCUUCUACAAGUGAGCCUACAACAAUUUCCACUGUAAAAUCAAGUACAACUUUAACUGUAGAAUCAACUACAGGCAAAACAGCAGAACCUACAACAGUUCUCACAGUGCAACCAAGUACUGCUGCAACAGUUGAGUCAACUACAGUUUUUACAACAGAACCUUCAGCAAUUCCCACUAUGCAAUCAAGCACAGCUUCAAUUAUUCAAAAAACUACAGCUCUUACAAUUGAGCCCAUAACAAUUUACACCACUGAAUCAAGCAUAACAGCAGAACCUACAACAGUGCCCGUGGAGGAACCAAGUACUGCUGCAACAAUUGAGUCAACUACAGUUUUUUCAACAGAAAUUACAGCAAUUCCCGCUGUGCAGUCAAGCAAAACAGCAGAACCUACAACCGUUCCCACAGUGGAACCAAGUACUGCUGCAACAGUUGAGUCAACUACAGUUUUUACAACAGAAUCUACAACGGUUCCCACUAUGAAAUCAAGCAUAACAGCAGAACCUACAAUAGUUCCCAUAGAGGAACCAAGUACUGCUGCAACAAUUGAGUCAACUACAGUUUAUUCAACAGAACCUACAGCAAUUCCUACUGUGCAGUCAAGUACAGCUUCAAUUAUUCAACCAACUACAGCUAAUACAGUUGAGCCUGUAAACAUUUACACCACAGAAUCAAAUACGUCUGCAACUGCUGAAUCAAGUAUAUCUUCUACAAGUGAGCCUACAACAAUUUCCACUGUAAAAUUAAGUACAGCUUUAAUGGUUGAAUCAACUACAGGCAUAACAGCAGAACCUACAACAGUUCCCAUAGAGGAACCAAGUACUGCUGCAACAAUUGAGUCAACUACAGUUUAUUCAACAGAACCUACAGCAAUUCCUACUGUGCAGUCAAGUACAGCUUCAAUUAUUCAACCAACUACAGCUAAUACAGUUGAGCCUAUAAACAUUUACACCACAGAAUCAAAUACGUCUGCAACUGCUGAAUCAAGUACAUCUUCUACAAGUGAGCCUACAACAAUUUCCACUGUAAAAUCCAGUACAGCUUUAACUGUUGAAUCAACUACAGGCAUAACAGCAGAACCUACAACAGUUCCCAUAGAGGAACCAAGUACUGCUGCAACAAUUGAGUCAACUACAGUUUAUUCAACAGAACCUACAGCAAUUCCUACUGUGCAGUCAAGUACAGCUUCAAUUAUUCAACCAACUACAGCUAAUACAGUUGAGCCUGUAAACAUUUACACCACAGAAUCAAAUACGUCUGCAACUGCUGAAUCAAGUAUAUCUUCUACAAGUGAGCCUACAACAAUUUCCACUGUAAAAUUAAGUACAGCUUUAAUGGUUGAAUCAACUACAGGCAUAACAGCAGAACCUACAACAGUUCCCAUAGAGGAACCAAGUACUGCUGCAACAAUUGAGUCAACUACAGUUUAUUCAACAGAACCUACAGCAAUUCCUACUGUGCAGUCAAGUACAGCUUCAAUUAUUCAACCAACUACAGCUAAUACAGUUGAGCCUGUAAACAUUUACACCACAGAAUCAAAUACGCAUAACAGCAGAACCUACAACAGUGCCCGUGGAGGAACCAAGUACUGCUGCAACAAUUGA